ACUGCUUUGUCUCAAUAUUUUAGUCAACUUUAGAGGGUUGCUUGUUGCCGACUGAAGAAUCAAAACCAAAAGCAGGAUCAUCUGCAAGCAACAAGUGCACACCUGUUAUCUGUUUACUUUGGGACAAGCGCAAACAGUGAAUGGACAUUACUUAUCACCACAGGAAAGAACUCUGUACUUUUCUACUCAGCAUGGAAUGGAUAUAUUUGUUGCUCUUAUGCAAAUUCCUCUCCACCGCGACGACAGAAGAACACAACGUGUGUUCAAUGCCCAAACUGGGUGUCCACGUUAAAGCUGUCCAGCAGCAGAGGUACUUUAGUCCCGGUUCAGAGUUUCUGCUGUCGUGUGAAAUGGGAUACACGUCCAUGUUUGGCCCCCGAACAAUUGUAUGUACAGAGCGUGGAGAGUGGACCAAAACCAAGUUCAUGUGCUGCGCAAAACGAUGUCCUCAUCCACACCCACCGGUCAAUGGAGAAAUAUACUACCAGGAUACGGUGUACAACAGUACAAUCAACUACACCUGCCAUGAAGGGUACACUUUGUCUGGACCCAGCAGUGCUAAAUGCCAAGCCAAUGGAACAUGGAGCGCAUCAAAACCAGAGUGCAAACCUGUGACAUGUGGUCUCGCUCCAAUACCCAAGUUUGGUCUGAUCAUUUACAAUAAGAAGAUCAGAGGAAACACCACUCAUUUCGGCACCCGUGGGUCAUAUAAGUGCCUGCCUCCUUAUGCCGUCUUUGGAAACGUGCAUGCAGAAUGCACUGCUCAUGGAAACUGGACCCAGCCACCUGAAUGUCGAGUGGUCACGUGUCCUCCACCGGAGAACAUUACCAAUGGGUUCAUGUCAGCCGAGGACAAGAAACGUUACUUCCUCACGGAGAUCGUCAGCUACGGCUGCAAUGGCGACUACGAGCUGGAAGGAAGCUUCCAAACUGUUUGUCAGAAGAAUGGAGAAUGGUCUGACAAACCAGCCUGCAAAGCUCCAUGCAGCAUCGACAUAAAAAGAGGAAGAAUAUUGUACAACGAAAAAAAAGUCUGGAUUGAAGCCCUGCAGCCUAACAGAGUCCUCCAUCGUGACAUUGUGUCCGUCUACUGCAUGGGUCAAGACAGGAAGUGUGGCUAUGCUGUGUCGACCCAGUGUAUCGAUGGAAAGCUCCAAAUCCCUGAAUGCUUCGAAGAGCCAAGCAGCACUCACUACAGCCUUUAUUCAGAUUCUCUUCCAUCUGAAAUAGAAGAAUGCUAGGAUGACAGCGGGGUCCUCUUAUCACAUCAUUGGAAUACUUUAAAGUGAUACCAUAAUAUCAUCUUGGUCUCCAAAAAUAAAGUAUAUUUUCUCACUUAA